UCAGGGUGCGGAAUUCGAUUCUAUUGUACUAGUCGUUUGUGAAAUAUUACAAUUAAAUUACUACUAUUUGCUUAGAACUAAUUACAUUUAUUUUCUAUAAAUCUUUCGAGUACAGACUUAUUAUUAAAAUGUGUUUCACUUGUUAAAUAUAGUGUGACCUAGAAAAUGUGAAGCUCUGUUCCGUAACUGUGAAAAGUGACGCCAUUUUGAAGUCAUUGUUGAAAAGGUAUUCUUAAGGUUUUGUUAUUUGUAACUUACCUACAAUAUCGCAGUAUAUUUUAACAAAUAUGGCCGACAACAGUUCAAAGGAACCUCCUCUGCAAACUAUGAAUGGUAUGCCACCCAAUCAUAACCCAUGGAUGUAUGGUAUUUAUCAAUACAAUGGGUAUCACUCUGGUAUGUACCCACCGUACUACAAUCAAUAUUACAAUCAAAUGGGCAAUAAUGCUUUUCCUAAUAAUAAUUCCCACCAGUUUCAACAUAAUAAAGAUUAUAAAAAUGAAUUUGGCCAUCCUCCAUUUUCAAAACCACCUCCACCAGCUCCAUUGCUCGGUAUGUCACCACUUGAUACUAGUCGACCUUUUUUAAAUCAAUCGCCCAUUAGAUUUCAUUUGAAUGCGAACAGGAAGUCUACUCCUAUUCCUCAAAAUGAAAAUCCCCUUUUGGGAAAUACUGGCAAUGCAAAAAAGAAGCGUAAAAAGGGUAACAAAGUUUUUGAUGAAGAUUUGAACAGUUCUAUAAAUUCAUUACCUCCACUGCCAGAUCAUCCACCACCUUUACCUCCGUGUCCACCACCCGAUCUCCCUAAACCUCCACCACCUCCACCCCUUGAUGUACCUCUGCCUCCACCACUGGCAACUGAGGACAUACCGGAGCCACUAGAAGAGCCUAAAGGUGAUAAUGUUAGAGAAAAUGAUUUCAAUGAUACAGAAGAUAAUAGCUCUUCCAACAUUUUAAAAUCACCAAUAUGCCAGUCAUCAGCUGGAACAUGGCCUGAAAGUCUUGAGAGGUAUAUCAAGAGAUGUUAUGAAAAAUGCAAAACAACUAUUGAUCGUGAUCAAAUUGAUAUAUGCUUAAAGGGUCGUAUAACAGCAGCUGCAAACAAAGAUGAAAUUUGGACAAGGAAUUGGGAUGCAGAGCCAAUACCAAGUGUUCAUAGUGAACGUAAUUCACUCUCAGUUAAACCUGUUCGAGGUACAUUAUCAUUAUAUCAAAAGGCUGAAAUAGAUCCAUCUAAAUCUAAAAAUAGUGUGAAUUCCAGAGGAUUCAUUACUCAUAAAAGUUCCCCACCAAAGAGAAGGAGACAUUCAAGGAGCAAGUCUAGAAGUCCCCCAAGGAAAAGACUAAGUGCUUCUUCAGUAUCCAGUGACGAAGUUGAUGAUAAGAAGAUCUCCAAAACUAAAACCCGACAAAAGAUUAAAGAUCGGUUAUCUCUUGACAAUAAGAAACAAGAAAAGUAUAAUAAAAGUGCUAAAAAGAAACCCAUUUAUGAGCAAUUUAUUGUAGAAGAUGUGCAAGGAAAUGCUGAGAAGCUCCAGAAGAGGGCUGAAAGAUUUGGAAAUUCAAGUAAUGUACCCUCCAUAGCAAGUUCUAUUCAAGCAGGUAGUCGGAAACCUGAGCCAAGUAUCAAGAAACCAAUUAUUCAAGAUACAGAAGGAGAUUAUGAGUUGAAUAAUGUACAUAUAGUAGGAACAUGUUUAGAUAUAGAAAAAUCCUUUUUAAGACUUACCAAAGCACCAGAAGCUUGUGAAGUCCGACCUGUAUCAGUACUUAAAACUUCUUUGAAAAAUGUCAAAGAAAGGUGGAUAGAUAGACAAGACUACAGAUAUGCAUGUGAUCAGCUUAAAUCAAUUAGACAAGACCUAACUGUUCAAGGUAUAAGAGACAAUUUUACAGUAGAGGUGUAUGAGACUCAUGCACGUAUUGCAUUGGAAAAAGGAGAUCAUGAAGAAUUUAAUCAGUGUCAAACGCAACUCAAAAUGCUUUAUGGGGAAUUGCCAGAAUGUAGAAUUAAUGCAGCAGAGUUUACUGCAUAUAGAAUAUUAUAUUACAUAUUUACUAAAAAUACAUUAGAUCUAACAACCAUAUUUCAGUUUCUUUCAAAGGAAGACAGAGAAAAUGAAUGUAUUAAACAUGCACUCCAAACCAGAUGUGCUUGGGCAACAGGCAACAUGCACAAAUUUUUCUUGCUUUAUAAGACAGCUCCAUUAAUGGCGGGGUAUCUAAUGGAUUGGUUUGUGGAAAGAGAAAGGAAGCAGUAUCUCAAGUACAUCAUAAAGUCCUACAGGCAGUCAAUACCCGUGGACUUCAUCGUUCGGGAGCUGGCGUUUGAGUCGAGUUCUAAGGCAUUAGAGUUAUUAAAUCAGUUCCCCCUGUUUUAUACUGACUGUGAUCAGACUCAAAUUGAUUGCAAGGCCAGCUUCCCAGCUGUAGCGAAUAUAUAACAUUUUCAGUUUGGUAAACCAUGUCCUGUACUAAUUGCGUAUUGUUGCGUGGUUAUGUAACCAGACAUGCGACCGCAGAGUAUGCACGACACUUCUGCUCAGUCGCUGCUCUGCCUCAUGUUAUUCUCACCUUAUUUUGAUCAGCUUAACUAGGAUGAGGCGGCAAAAAAACUAACACAUCACACAUUAAGUUACACAGCAGAAGAUUGAAUGCAGAAUUCGCAAAGAAUGAACUACAUGCGUCACGUCUGAAGAAGCAAGUGCUACAAUUACAGGAGGUUUUAGUGUCUGAAUACAAACUAAAAAUGCAGUGCUGUUAAAAAGACUUACACAGGACUUGUACAUGUUAACUAAAGUAUUUUAAAAGUGUUGUCCUUCAUCCUCAAUUAUUUUUUUGUAAAUAAUAUACCUAUUGUAUAUUUUUAAUUUACGAUUUCAUUUAUUAUUAUAAUAUAAAUAAUACACCCACAUGUAGUUGUGAUUUAGUGUUAA